AAACAGUGAGCUCAAUAGAGGAAAGCGAGUCUGUGAUAGUUGCUGUAAUUCAGAUUAGACACACACCUCUGAAUAUUUUUUUGGCAUUCAGCGGAUAAACGUGUGGCUUGUUUGACGUGUUGGAGAGUGGAUUUUAAGAAUUUAGCGUAAAAUAUGAAGUAUUCUUUGGUAUUAGUGAUACUUGCGUAUAUUUACGCAGCCCAGGCAAAGUGUACUUUGAAGAAAAAUUCGAUGAUGGACUUCUUUUGCUUUCAGAUUCAUGGGAGAACGCUGGAUAUACAGUAAACACCCCGGAAAAGAGUUCGGAAAGUUUGUAAGGACUGCUGGGAAGUUCUUCAACAAUGAAGAGAAGGAUAAAGGUAAAUUUCCUGAUUGCUCAAUAGUUUUCAGUUUUCGUUGCCAAAAAUACUACAGUAAUUCAAAAUACUGGAAGUUGUAUUAUUUUGAUUAUUGGCAUAGUUUCAUUAAUAAGUAAUCAAGGGAAAAAUGAUUAAUAUGCAGACUUAAAACCUUGCAAUGUUAGGAAUGUUUAGACGC